AUGGCAGGUGUUGCAUGCAGGUAGCCAAUUAGGACACGGCCACUGAUCCUAAUGUGACAGUGGGAGUAAUAAAUGCAGGGGCGGACUGACAACUCAUGGGGCCCCUGGGCAAUAUGUGAUCAUGGGGCCCCUGUGUCCUUGCCCAAACUCAAAAAAAGCCUAUGAAAAAAGGUACCAGGGGCAUCUCAUGGGGCCGCCUACUGAUCCCGGGCCCUCGGGCAGUGCCCGAGUUUCCAAAUGGUCAGUCCGCCCCUGGCUAUAGGUCUUCAUUUCUUUCAAGU